AUGGGAGCAUUACUACUAAUAGCUUGUGCUAUUAUAAUAAUCGUCGUGUUAAUUGUAGGCCUAUAUCAGAAAUCGACUAACGCGAUAUGCAAAUCAAAGAAGAGAUUGGAUGGAAAGACUGUCAUCGUGACAGGAGGCACUUCUGGCAUGGGUCUGAGGACAGCUGUGGACUUGGCGGAUCGGGGCGCUAGAGUCAUCAUCGCGUGCCCUUUCAGCAACGAAGGAGAAGAAGCUUUAAAAAUUAUAAAGAAAGAAACAGAAAGUGACAAUGUCGUGUUUGAACUAUUAGACCUCUCUUCAAUUGAAUCAGUACGAAAAUUCGUCGCAAUUAUUAAUAAAAGGGAGGAAAGACUGGAUAUUUUAGUAAACAAUGCAGGCGUCGGAGCUGUGCCAGAGUUUAUAACAGAUGAUGGCAUGAGUUUUAUUAUGCAAGUUAAUUAUUUUGGAACCGUAUUACUCACUUUAUUACUGCUUCCUCUUCUUAAGAAAUCUGGUACAUCUUCGGAGCCAGCCAGGAUCGUGAGCAUUUCGUCCGUCCUCCAUAAUAUUGGAACAAUCAAUUUUGGCAAACUUAAUGAUAUAAAGCACUACUAUCCUUAUCAGAUAUAUGGAAAUAGUAAGCUGUGUUUAGUUUUAUUUUCAAAUGCGCUGGUAAAGAAAUUGAAAAGCUCAAAUGUUGUAGUGAAUUGUGUGGACCCAGGGAUAGUGGGAACAGGAAUUUUUUAUUGCCCUGGAACAGUUUUUAGGUACAUUUUAAAUAUUUUAUUCUGUAUUCUAUCUAAAACCCCAUGGGAAGGAGCACAGACUGCGCUUCAUGUGGCGUUAGAUAAGAGAGCAGGAAAUGUGACUGGAGGAUUCUUCAAAAAUUGCAAGCAAAUUAGGGCUAGACGAUUAGCGUAUAAUGAGAAGAUAGCGAAAAAACUUUGGGAACAAUCUAUGAGACUCCUGAAAUUAAGUGACGAAGAAGUUGAACAGUGUCUUAAA